CAUCCAUCUCUUCCAUCUCUUCAUCCUCUUCAUCCUCUUCAUCCUCCUCAUCCUCUUCAUCUCUUUCUUUCUUUCUCUGUCCUCCUCGACACGCCCUUCACCGACCUAUCUGCCCCAAUGGCCGUCGCCGCGUCGCUACCCCCAUUCCGCUCCCCAUCUCCCGCUUCCUCUCUCUCGUCAUUUGCCCGCUCCCCAUCUCCAUCAAGCCCACGUAUCCGCGCAAGCGCCUCCCCUCCUCUCCAUCACUCACCCCGCCCUCCUCGUCGUCCCUCUAUGGAACCCAAAGAGUACAAAGACACGUUCACUCUCCACACCAUGGACCCCAACAAGAGCCCAAAGAUCAACGGUCACGCGACCUCCAACGGCAACGGCAAUGUCAAUUCCAGUGCCAACGGCUACUAUGAUGGCCAGCGAAAGCGCGAAAGCUCGGUCAGCUCCAUCUCUGAAGACGAAGACUUGUUCCGCCGCCGCAAUCGUCAGGCGCGUUCUCCACCCGCCGGAGUUGGCACCCUCCCAACUAUCCGCGCACAUGUCGAAGGAACCGCGGACGAGGACCCCCUACACGCGCCCCCACCCGCCCCAUCUGCGGGGGCCGCACACGCCGUCGUCAUUGGCCCCGACGGGCAGCCGGUGCGCCGCCGCCGCCGCUCCUCCAGCGUCAAAGUCAAGCCUCCUCCUGGAGUAACGCCUCAGAAGGUGGUAGACUGGGAAAUUCCCCGCAAGGCAUUCCACUCGUCGAUCGGCUUUUUCACGCUCGUGCUCUACUACCUUGACCCCCCGAGCGUCAUGCCCCUCCUCAAGUAUCUGAGCGCCGCCUGUGCGUUCAUCUUCACCGUCGACAUGAUCCGCCUCAACUCGCCAGCAUUUGCAGAGAUCUGGGAGAUGGUCUGCGGAUUCCUCAUGCGUGUUGAGGAACGCGAAAAGAUCAAUGGCGUCGUCUGGUAUCUCGUCGGCGUCAUAUUUGUGCUUGCCCUCUACCCUCGCGAUGUCGCGGUUGUCUCCAUCCUCAUCCUGUCUUGGUCUGACACGACUGCUUCCACUCUGGGUCGUCUGUGGGGGCGUUACACCCCUCCGCUUCCAGCGCACUUCCCGGGAAUCAAGUUUUUGCCAUUUGCCCCGCGCAAGUCGCUUGCUGGCUUCCUGGCCGCGUCGGUGACCGGCUUCCUCAUCGGCAUCGGCUUCUGGCACAGCGGCUCGACUGUGUACCACGACUGGUUGAUUCUCGACUCGGGCAUGCUUGGACGCAUCGCCACUGCGCUUGUCGUCGGCGUGGGUGGUGCAGUGGUCGAGGCCCUCGAUCUUGGUGUCGAUGACAACCUCACCCUUCCUAUUCUUUCGGGCGCCCUCAUCUGGGGAUGGUUCGAGAGCACCAACUUCCUCCUCAAGCUUUAAGACGGCGCAGGAUUACCCCCACACCCCACCCACCAAGGGGAGGAUGACCCGCUUCCGACCACACCAUUAUUCAUCUAGCAUCUUUCAUCCCUCAACCUGCGUCUCCUCCCCUUCUCGCCUCUUGCUCUCAACGCUAGCCUCUCAAUAAACGCUGCCUCGGCUGGCUUGCCCACCUCUCCUUGCCCCGCCGCCUGGCUGGCGCCUCCUGUGACGCGUCAACCGCGCUGACAAUGGUCGGUGCCCCUGUUGUGCCCACUAUACCUGAUAGAAUUAGUACUAUAUCGUGUCUCUCUUGUUUCUCUAGGUUACGACGAGGCAAUGCUACUCAUGCGUCAUGA